CACUUACCACAUUAACACUUCAGCACACAACAGCUCUCCUCUUCUGUCUCUCUCUUUCGCUAUCAAUCGCGUUUGUCGUGGCGGUCAACUGAUCAGAAAUAUAGCCAGAGCCAAGUUAAAAAAAAACAAAUAUAGCUGAAUUAAUUAUAAAAUUAAAAAAAAAAUUCAAUCAGCAUCUCAAACUUCAAUGGGGUUUCUUCGACUUGUUCUCGAGGCGGUUUUCGGUGGAAAGAGACGGAAGAAGAUGGUCAGAGGUAGUAGUAGUAGUGGUGGUGCUGUUGUUCGUGGCGGUAGUAGUGUUAAGCAGAGAGGCUUCUCAAUGAAUCCAAAAGACUACAAACUUAUGGAAGAAGUAGGCCAUGGAGCUAGCGCCGUCGUCUAUCGAGCGAUCUAUCUCCCGACCAAUGAAGUCAUCGCUGUCAAGUGUCUGGAUCUCGAUCGAUGCAAUAGCAAUCUGGAUGAUGUGAGGAGGGAAUCUCAGACUAUGAGUUUGAUAGACCACCCAAACGUUAUAAAGUCGUUUUGUUCGUUUUCUGUCGACCAUAGUCUUUGGGUGGUGAUGCCAUUCAUGGCGCAAGGCUCUUGUCUGCAUCUUAUGAAGACUGCUUAUUCAGACGGGUUUGAAGAGUCGGCUAUUUGUUCUAUAUUGAAAGAAACUCUUAAAGCUCUUGAUUAUCUUCAUAAACAAGGCCAUAUCCACCGUGAUGUUAAGGCAGGAAACAUACUUCUUGAUGACAAUGGUGAGAUUAAGCUUGGCGAUUUUGGCGUGUCUGCUUGCUUGUUUGAUAACGGUGAUAGGCAACGUGCAAGAAACACAUUUGUUGGUACUCCGUGCUGGAUGGCACCGGAAGUCUUGCAGCCGGGAAAUGGAUAUAAUUCCAAGGCUGAUAUCUGGUCGUUUGGUAUAACCGCACUUGAAUUGGCCCAUGGUCAUGCACCCUUCUCAAAAUAUCCCCCCAUGAAGGUGCUGCUAAUGACUAUUCAAAACGCACCUCCAGGUCUUGAUUACGACCGUGAUAAGAAAUUCUCAAAGUCCUUUAAAGAAAUGGUUGCAAUGUGUUUGGUGAAAGAUCAAACAAAAAGACCCACCGCUGAAAAGUUGCUGAAACACUCCUGCUUCAAAAACACUAAGCCACCUGAGCUUGCUGUGAAGUCGUUAUUUGCUGAUUUGCCUCCCCUUUGGACACGUGUAAAAUCUCUUCAGGCCAAGGAUGCUGCGCAGCUUGCCUUAAAGAGAAUGGCCACUGCUGACGAGGAAGCUAUAUCAAUGAGUGAAUACCAAAGAGGAGUUAGCGCAUGGAAUUUUGACGUCAAAGACUUGAAAACACAAGCAUCUUUGCUAAGUGAUGACGAUGGUCUAGAAGAGAGUCAGGAAGAUGAAGAAAUCUUCCAUACACGGUUUCAUAACAAGGUGAAUGAUAGUCCGGUACUAUAUGAAAACAUGAACGGGAAGGAAAAGGUUUCCACUACUCAAGUGGAAGAACCAAACUGUGAAGAGAAGUUCACUUUCAUCACUAAUACUUCUUCUGUGACACCAAACUCAGAGCAAGAAGUGUCUGAGGCCAAGGUUAAUAAGCCAGUAAGACGCCAAAGUCAGAGUGGACCACUUACAAGCAGGGCCGUUGUAUCAGCUUCAGAGAAAGGUCAAAUGUUUGAAAGAUCCGAGAGUGAACACCAGGCAGCCCCGUCUGUCAAAAGAGCUCCUAGCUUUAGCGGUCCUUUGAAUCUUUCAACUCGUGCUUCUUCAAACAGCUUGUCAGCUCCUAUUAAAUACUCAGGAGGAUUCCGUGAUUCUUUGGAUGAGAAGUCAAAGGGUAACCUUGUUCAGAAAGGAAGAUUCUCAGUAACAUCAGGAAACUUGGACCUUGCUAAGGAUGUUCCAUUAAGUAUAGUCCCUCGUCGAUCUCCACAGUCAUCCCCUCUGAGGAAAUCUGCUAGUGUGGGUAACUGGAUACCUGAGCCUAAAAUGCCAACGGUUCAGCCUCAGACCAUUAAGGAGUUAAGUAGCCAACCUAUGUCCCCGUCACUCAUCAUACCUCAACUUCAACAUAUUUUCCAGCAAAACUCAGUACAACAGGAUCUUCUUAUGAACUUACUGAGUAGUGUACAAUCCGCAGAGACGAUGGACGGUUCUCAAUCUGGGAAGUUACCACCUUUGCCUCGCUCAGAGACUAAUGGAACCGUUGAUUCUGUGCCUUCUGAGAGGGAGAGGAUGCUACUUAGCAGUAUCUCUGAGCUCCGGGCUAAGCUGAACGACUUAACGGAGGAACUCGAUUCAGAGAAAUCAAGAUACAACCAACUACAGCAGAAACUGAAAGCAUUCACUGGUCGCGAACUAGUGUAAGCAGGAGCGGGAAGCGAGGGCGAAAAAAACUGAGCUGCACAGAACCUGUAGGAGAACGAGUUGAAAAGUCUUAUCAGUAAAAAACCAGAUAAGACUGUUCAAAAAUACUAAAGGCUGUGAAGCAACAACAGCGAUUUUCUCUAGUUAGGUUCUGUGUGUGUUUCAGACGGUGAUGAUGACGACCACAACGAGAAAACUAGCAGUGUCUCUGCUUCUGAUGUAAAACUAACAGUUAAAAGACAGCAGAAACGAAUACAAAAAAAAAUAAAAUUAAAAAGGAGAAGAAAGGCUCUGUCAACCCCCACUUCGAAUUUAUUUUCACACGUUUUGAACAAGUUUUUAUUCUUUUUUUGGUCUUUUUAUUAUUGUUAGUAAGAAAAGGGAAAUCACUUUUUGGAUC